AGGGGAGCAAACAUUAUCGAAAAACCCCCACCACAACCCCAAAGAGGCGGAGCAGCGCUUCGUUCAAGCUGUUAUCAAGUGGUCAAAGCAACAGCAACCCCACCCUCAAGAGUUCAGUUCGUAUGCGUCCAUUGGGUGUGCGAGUGGUGCGAAGCAACGCCGCCCCUCAUGUGGCCUUCGUGGCGAGGUGCUCGUUAGCGGAUUGGUGCGCCAGCCGCGGCUGCGGUUACGCUUCCUGCACCUUCACGUCUCGGCGGGCCUACCACCCUACACGCACCCUCUUCGCCCAAGUCGCCGCAGACGUUGACCGAGCGCAGAAGAGCAGCGCGGCGGCAGUGAAGACCGCAGCGGCCACGCAAGCGUCAGCGUCAUCGUCGUCCAACUCCUCCGCUUCGUCGGCGCACAGCAAACGCGCUGCCCAGAUCCGACGCAACGAAGGAAUUCUGCGCUGGCUGCGCCGCCUCGUGGUGCCCGCGUUCUGUCUCUGGGGCCUCUUUGUGCUGCGUCCGACGGAGGGGCACUUCCUGCGGUACUUGGCGGAGCGGCGCCACCUCGAUGCAGACUUCAACGCGUGGUUUCCACCCGUAACGAUGGCGGCCGCGGCGAACAGUGCGGCGCCGACUGACCCGGCGUCCGUGAGGACGGACGUGUCGGCGACUUUCCGCACCCCGCAGGAUCGCGACUGGGCGGCGCAGAAGUUUCGCUACAAGAAAGGCAGCGACGACGAGGAGCGCGUGGCGCGGCGGCGGCUGCUCUUCGCCCGCGAGCGCUCUUACCUGGCCGACGACACGGUGGUGGAGACGAUCCGCAGCCCGGCGGCGCAGCUGGAGGAGCUGCAGGAGCUGCGUGACCACCCGCCGAUGCACCUUCUUCGUGAGCAGCUCGACGCCUUGGUAGUGGAGAGCAAGGAUUACACGGGAAAAGUUGGUGCCGCGGCUGCUGCGGCGGCGGGAGAGGAGGCCGCCAAGGCGAGACCACCCACGCCACCGCAGGUAUUGAUCCUGUUUGACGACCAUCGCCUCUUUUCCACGGGGGCGAUUGUGUUUCGCGAUAAAGACAGUCAUGUCGGGCGUACCAUGCGCUUCGUCGGGGCGUGCGGGAUGCUGUGGCGACAGAUCUGUUGA